AUGAGCAGCCUUCAGCUGGCGACCCUUGGCCUUGCGAGCCUGCUAAAUGGCUUCAACGACGGGAGUUUGGGAGCAAUACUCCCAUACAUGGAAAGAGACUACAACAUCGGUUAUGCCGUUGUUUCACUCGUCUUCGUCGGACAAGGUAUCGGAUGCCUCUUCGCCGCGAUCUUCCUCGACGACCUUUAUCCGAGCCUCAGCCAACCCGACGUUUUCAGGAUAGCAAAUAUGGCUGCCAUCCUUGGCUAUGUCCCGAUGGUGGCAGCAGCGCCGUUUCCCCUGAUCCCUAUUGCGUUCGCCUUCGUUGGCUUUGGCGUGGCGAUCAACAACGUUCGGGGGAAGACUCUUUGCUCCCAUUUUCCGAACCAGCCCUUUCUAUCCGAAAUUCUCUACGCGUGCUAUGGCAUUGGCACCACAGCCAGUCCUCUUGUCGCAACAGCUAUGGUGGCAACUGAGGGUAUGCACUGCAGCCGAUUUUAUAUCGUCAACUUGGGUCUCACCAUUUCGGUUCUUGCUCUCUCUUCGUGGUCGUUUCGGUAUCGCGGAAAGAACCCGAAUAUGAAUUCUCGAGAUCUAGAGUUGGUAGCGGACACAAUUAUAGGGGACAUUCCCCAUUCGCUAUGCACGCGAACGGUUCUACUUGGCGCAAUUCUCAUCUUGGCCUAUCGGGGUGCUGAGGCUUCUAUAUCUGGCUGGACCAUUGCUUUUCUCAUCGACACCCGUACCGGGGAGCCUGUAUCGUUGGGAUACGUGCUGGCUAGCUUCUGGGCUGGCAUCGCUGUCGGUAGAUUCGGCUCAUCCGACAUCGAAGAACGGUUCGGUCAAAAUCACUUGGUUUAUGGAUCGAGUAUUCUAGCAUCUGCUUUUCAACUGCUACUUUGGUUCAUGCCUAAUGCCAACACCACCACUAUUGCAACGUUUGCCGUGGGUGCAAUGCUCGGCCCGAUCUAUUCGCAUGUGGCAGCAAUCUUUACGCACCCCAUAGCGGAAAGGGAGACGUCCAAAGAGAUGAUAACCAUUACCACAAUUGGAAGCUUGGGGGGCGCAAUCACUUCUUUUCUUACAGGUCUGCUUGCUCAAGUUUUCGGCACUACUGCGUUGCAUCCAGUCGUCCUGGCGCUGUUGGCCAUUAUCUUGAUCUGUUGGUGGGGGAUCCCAAAUAAAGAUAAGCAUUGCAGGCUGCAUAGUUAG